UAGCCACAUCUUCCUAGACUACCAACUCAACGCAUUAAGUCUCCUCUGCCUCGUUCCGUCAGCGUCUCUUUGGGUCUGGCCACUCUUGAGCCCUUCGAUGCUGGCUCUACGGAGGCUUGGAAGCCAUGCGACGGCUGCUGGACCGCCAUCAGCAGCGCUAUGGCCACGUCCCAGGAUCGUCAGCUGCUCGACUAGUGCAUCUCUAGGUGCAGUACUGACGACGAGCACAAGACUGAUGUCGCAAUCGGUACUCAUAGCCCCUCCCAUCAUCAGGAGGCGUUCUUUUUCAUCCUCAGCUGGACUCGGCUCCAAGCGCCUGCGUCGAGUGGCAAAGAAUGCAAAGAAGCGUGCCUUGGCAGGGUCAAGCCAAGCGCCAGCAUCUCAGAGUGAAGCGCCUUCCCAAGAUGCUUCUUCCAAGAAGCGAGCUGUGCAGUCGGCUUCGCCUUCAUCGGUCUUCAGCAGAGGGAAGGGCAAGGCUCCAACGAGCCCCUCUGCGUCCACGACGACUGCCGCUGACGGAGGCUUUGCUGAAGUGGUACCGGGCUGGGGACCCGAUAUGCUCCAGGUCAUGGCCGAAGAUCAGGUCGCCAGCCCUGGUCCGACCGCCUCUUCUAGCAGCGCAAAGUCAUCAGGAAACCGGGAUCCUCCACCCCAUAUGGCUCCUGCUGUGACGACUACUCUGCUAGAUCGGGACGCAUCCGCAAAAGCGCGCAAGAUACAGUCAGGCUCGUACGUGUCUGACAAAGUGUGGGAUCUCAACGAUGAGAGCACGAAGAGCGAAGGCGCAUUGCAGGUGCUCACUGGCGGUAAGCUGGCCACCAAGGACAUUCCAUUCGACCCGGUCGCGCCACUGAGGAAAAUGGAGGUAGCCACCCUCUCCCAUGGUUUGGACAGGGUCCUGUUCAACCCAGGCGUUCAUCGUCUGAAGGAUCCGAGAUCAGGAGUCUACAACUUCCCGAAGACUUUGUCAGACAUACCUGACGUCGACUUGUUCGAUUAUCAGGCAUUGCCAGCCUAUGUCACCUCCUCUGUGGACGAAGAGCUGCGCGAGAUCGCGCAGCGUGAGCAUGCUCAAUUCUGUGGCUCCACCAGCAGCUUGACGAGCAUGCUGAGUCAAGUCUACUUCCUCAUUAGCGGAUGGAAGGCGCCAUCUACUAAAGAUUACUCCGAAGACUUUGCGGAAGAGCCCAAGGGCUUUUCUAUGGCUGCCAAACUACCUGCUCUGAUUGGCCUAAAGCCACGGGCUUCGACCGAUCCGACCAGCCCUCAUAGGACGUACUAUGCUAUCGAUCAGGACAAGGGUAAGGUGGACCCUUCAUCAAAUUCUAAUUAUGUUCUGCAGAACCUAGGCAAGGCUAUGGAGAAGAUGCUCACUGCGACCCCAGAAGAAUUUGCGUCGUACCUGCGGGUGAAUCGCCCCUCAGGCCCACCUACCCCAGACUCUGUAAAGGAGGCAUACCACUACGCAAAAGCGGGAAGCAACUUCUUGAUGCGCAGUCAAUUGGACUGUCACGACGCUCGUCUCCCACGGGCGACUUUUGAUCUGAAGACCAGGGCUGUCGUCAGCGUACGACACGAUCGAGCCAAUUGGGUCGAGGCGAGCGGAUACCAGAUCAACGCCAUGAAAGGCCUCUUUCAAUCUUACGAGAGAGAGAGGUAUGACAUGGCGCGCUCGGCUUGGCUGAAGUACUUCUUUCAGGCGAAGAUCGGCUGUAUGGACGGUAUCCUUGUUGCGUACCACAAUUCUGCACAAGUAUUCGGGUUCGAGUACUUCCCACUCGAAGAUAUGGCGGAGAGGAUCUUUGGCAGCAUGGAGAUGGCUGAUCAGGCCUUCAAGCUGUCGGUGGCUCUGUCCGAGAGGAUCUUGCAAAGAGCAAUUGAAUUAUACCCAGAUAGGCAAUUGAGCCUCACCCUCGAAACAAAAGAGCCGCCGAGGACCAGACGCAGCAGCAGCAGCCAAGAAGUUGACCCCAACGCGGAUCUGAUGAGAGUCUGGGUCGAGCCGUCCGACGCUCGUCAAGAAGGCGAAGAAAGCGCAGAAGAUGAUGGCUCGAUCAAGGAGAGGAAGAUUACUCAAUUCGAUGUAACAGUGGAUAGAUACAUGUGGGACCGAAUCAUUCAGGGACCCGUCGACUUCGAUGCCUUCAAGAUGAAGCCCAGCACAACAAAGGGCAACCAGGCAGAAGAGGUUUCUCUACGACCCUUCGACCUGCAAGUCGAGUAUACCAUUCGUCCCCGAGGGGACCUCUCUGAGAAUGCCACCUACGCAAAUCAUGACACCGCAGUGAAGAGACUCAAGUCUAUGGCAGCCCUUAUCUUGCCGAAUUUGGAAGCGACAAACGCACGAGAGCGACGUUUGGAGGCAGAAUUGUCGAAGAAUCCAGAAGCUCUGCAGAGGUACAAGGAAGACAAGAAGAGCGGCAUUGCGCCUGGUAUGCCUCGUGCGCCUGGCCAGAUCGACCUCUUCCGCCUGGACGAUGAAGGAUCUGUGGAGACUCCUGAUUCUGACUCUGGGCUCGACGACGGAUCAGAGGAAGAUGCUAUGAUCAGUGAAGCAGAGGCAGCUAUCACAAAGGGUCAGGGUCAGUGGAGAGCUGCUGGAGAGAAUAUCUGGUCUUUGAGGAAGCUAGCGCAGAAGGGUGCUCGGGAUAGGGAAGCGGAAAGGGCCCAGCCCUAAGCGAGGUGGGGGCGAAGGAUCAGGUAGAUGGACAUCUGACAAGAAUCAUCAGUAGAGCACUCCGUCGCACUUGCCGCAACUACAACACAUUGUAUCAGUAUCAACUCAUCACCAAUGAUCACCUUUUCAUUAUUGAUCCCUUG